AUGUUGGCUUCGUUGAACCUAGGGAAACCCCAUAGAAGAUCAAAUUCUACAUGGGUUUUCGUCUCUUGGCAUUUUAAAGAAUGGUUAGUGAUAAUAAAGGGGUUUUUGCUGAAUUCGUUUAUUUUUGUUUGUGUUGUUAGGAAGUGGAAGGAUAUUGUGGAAGAAUGGGUGAAGUUGAAUCAACCUGGGGAACACACAUCCUCUGCUUUAAUGGCUGAUGGAGACUCACCUCAGCAGAAAGUUACUCAAAAUGGUUAUCACCAGGUUCCUGAUUUUGCUUACUCUCCAAAUCCACACAGUGAAUGGGAUUUUGGAUCAGAUAAGAAUAAUUCAGAAUUCGAGCCAAAGCCGAAAGUUAUUCCUCAAAAAGAAGCUUUUCCUCCUAGAGCAACACCUUUUAGCUCAAUUGAAUGGGAGGUAGACAGAGAGAACAACAACAAAAAGAUGUUGACUCUGAAAAAACUGGCUUCAGCAAGAAAAAGGCUUCAAGAGAAUUACAAAGAAGCUGAAAAUGCCAAAAAGCAAAGAACGAUUCAAGUGAUGGACAUCCAUGAGAUCCCAAAACCCAAGAAUGCCUUCUUUGGAAAGAACAAAGGUGGUGGUGGUGGUAGUUCUCACGGGAGGCACUGGUGACUGAAUACGGCAAAUCAUACAUACUAAA